UUUUUUCUCAAUGUUUUGUUAACCUUCCUCGUUGGUAGGCUUGUAGGUUAAGUCUUUAUUUGACAUCAAGUUGGCUGUUAGCUAUGGAUGCUAAUCAAGCCCCGGGCCAAGGCAGCCCGGAAAGUCCGAAUCGGGCAGUGGAGUACCUCCUGGAACUCAACAACAUCAUCGAAAGCCAGCAGAAGCUUCUGGAAACACAGAGGCGGCGCAUUGACGAACUGGAGGUCCAGCUAGACCGCCUCAGCCAAGAGAACAAAGACCUACGCUUGGACCGCCAACCGGCCGCCCCGCCUCCGGCCUCAGCUCCUCCGGAGCCUCGUCUUCCUCCUCCUCCUCCGCCACCGCCUCCCACUCACUUCUCCUCCGUUCCCGCCAAGAACCACCACCACCACCACCACCAUCACCCCCACACCAAGGCUCCCACCUCCAUCCCACUGAAUGCCAGCCACAACCACCAGCACCACCACUACAACAGCACGUCGACGGUCCACGUCGCUGCCUCGGGCUCCGGCUCGCAGGUCCCCGCACCGGCUCCGCCCCCGCCGCCUCCUCCCAUUCCCCCACGGGAGCAGCCUCGGGGGCACAGCCGCCUGAGCCGGACGGCGUCUACCAGCACUGGAACCAACACCAAUUUUGUGGAGAAGGAGAAGGAGCGCCUGGAGCGCCUUCACAAGAGUAACGCCGCCAACAACCACCACGCCCACACGCUGCACCACCACCACAAAGCUGUGGAAGGUGAGCCACGCUGUCCGGAGGCGCUCCCUUUUCCAGAUCCGUUGUUCGGCCACCCUUACGCCUCCAGCGCCUCCAGCGGGCCCCUGGGAGCCUCCCACGCGCAGUCGGCAAGCGUUGUUCAACAGGACAGCUCGACCGUGUCUACGCCCAACGCAGCGGCCAGCUUGGCGUGGGCUCAGCGGAGUCGCCAGCAGCCAGCCAGCCUGGCACUACGCAAGCAGGAGGAGGAGGAGAGCAAACGCUGCAAGGCCCUUUCUGACAGCUAUGAGCUCUCCACGGACCUCCAGGACAAGAAGGUGGAGAUGCUGGAAAGGAAGUACGGCGGCCAGUUUGUAUCCCGGCGGGCAGCCAGGACCAUUCAGACGGCCUUCCGGCAGUACCGCAUGAACAAGAACUUCCAGAGGCUCCGCAGCUCGGCCUCGGAGAGUCGAAUGACCCGGCGCAUCAUUUUGUCCAACAUGAGGAUGCAGUACUCCUUUGACGAGCGUCAGCCGCAGGCUGGAGGCUAUUCAGGGCCGCAGGACUCCGAAGACACAGGAGACAUGGACGACUCUUUCUCCAAGCAGGUCAAGUCGCUGGCAGACUCCAUGGACGACUCGCUCACCUGUCAAUCGGGUCGAGAGGACUCCCAGGAGGCGGGAGGAGAGGGAGAGGAGGGGGAUGAGGAGGAGGAGGAGGAAGAAGAGGAGGACGAAGAGGAGGAAGAGUAUGACUACAGGGAGUGCUCUUGGGGUGGCACCGCUUCCCGUCGCGUGGUGGGCCAAAGCGGGCGGGGGGCCGGCGCCGCCAUGCACGAGGACAGCACGGCUACUUCCUUCAGUGACGUUACGCUCUACAUGGACGACGGCGGCCUCCCGUCCUCGCCCGUCUCCCGCCCGCCCUCCUCGCCACUGUCUUGCCCGGCCUCCAGCUCCGACACGGAUUACUGGGGCGGCAGGGAGGAGAGUCGAGAGACAGACAGAGGAGGCAGCGGCAGCCGGAGGAGCAGCACGCCUUGCACAGAAUGUCGGGGGGAGUACCGGGGGAGGCCCGCCGCAGGAGGACACCUGCCCGUCUUGACCAUAGAACCGCCCAGCGACAGCUCGGUCGACAUGAGUGACAGGUCCGAGCGAGGCUCCAUCGGGCGUCUGGUCUAUGAGCAGGAGCCGCCCGGAGUGGAGCGAAGCCCAGGAGAAGAAAGUGGAGCCGGGGAUGGCGAAAGCGGUGAAGAAGAAGAAGAAGAAGAACACGGAGGUGGCGGGGCAGGCAGCAGCGAGGCCGAAUCGCCGCAAGGAACCAUCAAACACAAACCAAACGGCCGCUCGGUGGUGAUGGCGCAAGGGCAGACCCGGAGCUCCGCCCCCAGCGCCGUGCCGAUGCCCUCGGCUCGCGCCCUUCCGGCCCACGCGCUGCCUCACGCGCUCCAACACGCGUCGCCCAUCCCCCACCUUCCCACCGUCCUGCACCACCACCACCACCUCCAGCAGCACCAGCCGCAGCCGCAGUACAACCACAUGGCGUACGUGCACCACGGCGGGGCGGCGUACGUGCCCCAUUUUGCCCAGCACCACUACCACCAUCUGCACCAGCACCAGCACCACCUCCCGCACGCCUACCCAGAAGGCCCGUCUUCGCCGCUGCCCUCGCCCGUUCCGCCGCUCUCCCCCAUACCGCCGCCGCCGCUCACCCCCUCCCCGCUGUCAUCGUCGACGGACGCCCAUCAGCACUUGCAGCACCUGCACCAGCAGCCGCACCUGCACCACUCGCUGCACCACCCGCUGCACCACCAGCAGCACCACCACCAGCACCACCUGCUGUGCUCGGACGGCGACAACGAAAGCGUCAACUCCACCACCAGCAACUCCAACGACGACACCACCGUCAACAACGGCAGCUCGGGCUCGUCGUCGCGCGACAGCCUGCGCGAGCCGGCGCCGCUGGGCAAGCAGACGUAUCAACGCGAAAGCCGCCACAGCUGGGACUCGCCCGCUUUCAACAACGACGUGGUCCAGCGGCGCCACUACCGCAUUGGACUCAACCUCUUCAACAAGAAGCCAGAGAAGGGAAUCCAGUACUUGAUCGAGAGGGGCUUCGUCUCAGACACGCCGGUGGGCAUCGCCAGGUUCAUCCUGGAGAGGAAAGGGCUCAGCCGCCAAAUGAUCGGCGAGUUCCUGGGCAGCCGGCAGCAGUUCAACAAGGACGUGCUCGACUGCGUCCUGGACGAAAUGGACUUCUCCGGAAUGGAUUUGGAUGACGCCCUGAGGAAGUUCCAAGCCCAGAUCAAAGUUCAGGGUGAAGCGCAGCGCGUGGAACGACUGGUGGAGGCUUUCAGUCAGCGCUACUGCGUGUGCAACCCGGCGCUGAUACGGCAGUUCCAAAAUCCAGACACCAUCUUUAUCCUGGCCUUCGCCAUCAUUCUCCUCAACACGGACAUGUACAGCCCCAACGUGAAGCCCGAGAGGAAGAUGAAACUGGACGACUUUGUCAAGAACCUGCGAGGUGUGGACAACGGUCAGGAUAUUCCUCGAGACCUUCUGGUGUCCAUCUACGGAAGAAUCCAGAAAUGGGAACUGAGGACCAACGACGACCACGUGUCUCAGGUGCAGGCAGUGGAGAGGAUGGUCGUCGGCAAGAAACCCGUUUUGUCGCUGCCUCACCGCCGCUUGGUGUGCUGCUGCCAGCUGUUCGAGGUUCCCGACCCCAACCGGGCCCAGAGGAGCGGCGUCCACCAAAGAGAGGUCUUUCUGUUCAACGACCUGCUGAUGGUGACUAAGAUCUUCCAAAAGAAGAAGGCCUCCGUAACGUACAGUUUCCGACAAUCAUUCCCUCUGGUGGACAUACAGGUGCACACCUUCCAGAAUACUUAUUACCCUCACGGCAUCAGGCUGACGUCGGCCAACCCCGGGGGCGAGAGGAAAGUCCUGAUCGUGUUCACCGCGCCGAGCCAGCAGGACCGCGCUCGCUUCACCUCGGACCUGAGAGAGAGCGUGGCCGAGGUGCAGGACAUGGAGAAAUAUCGUGUGGAGUCCGAGCUUGAGAAGCAGAAAGGCGUGAUGCGUCCCGCCGCGCUGAUCGCAGGCGGGCCGGGCGGCGGGGCCGGACCUGACGUGAAGAGCGAGGCGGUGAACGGCACCCUGGCUCGGCCUAGCCUGGACGACACAUACGCGUCGGUGGACGGACUCAAACGCACGGCGCUCAGCUCUUCGCUCAGAGACCUGUCGGACAGCGGGAAGCGAGGUCGUCGGAACAGCGUGGGCUCAUUGGACAGCACGAUGGAAGGGUCCGUCAUCAGCAGCCCACGGCCGCACCAGCAAUACCACCCCGGAGGUAUGCUGGCCUACAGCCCCAGGAUGGGCCCCUCGUCACCGGCAGCCUACCGGCCGCACCGCCCUACUCAGAGCCCCGGUACAGGGGUGGGCGGUGGGCCGGGGCUCUGUCACAACCAGAGCGGGCCGAGCCCCUCCCCGCUCACGAGCGGGGGCGGGGCUGGGGCCGGCGCAGGGAUGGCGAUGGGGGGCGGGAACUUUUUUGGCAGUCGCAGAGGGAAAGUUCCCGGUCCCCUGACGAUGACCUCGCCUACACCGCAGUGCCCCCCGAGUCCCCUUAUGAUAUCGUCCCCGCCUCAUUACCCCGCCCCCGAGCCUCCCAUCGCCCACCCGUCCUCCCCUUCCCCAUGCCCCUCCCCAUCGGCCAACCUCGGCCAGUCGGACCCGGGCGGCAUUGGAGGGGGCGGGGGGACGGCUGGCGGGCCGUCCAAGCUCCAGGCUUUGCACGCCCAGUAUUGCCACGGCAACAGUGGGGGCAGCGGGCACCAGCCGCAACAGACCCCCCCGCCGCCUUACCACCAUCAUCACCGAUACCACAUGCAAAGCGCCCCGCAGCACCACCCCCUCAUGCACAGGGUGUCGGUCCCGCGGCGCCAGGUCCCGUCUGGCUGCGCACAGUCCCACCUGCAGCAGCAGCAGCAGCAUCAGCGGAUCCAGCAGGCCGCCGCCCAGCACCAGCGCUACAACGUGGCCUCCGGUUUCAUCACGCCCCCUCCGGUGUCCCCGCACUCGCCGCUCACCCCGACUACGCCGCACGGACUAUACCGGCCGGGCGGGGGCGGAGGCAAGCUGCCCCUCACCAUCUCGCACUCGCAGCCCCACCCGCACGCCCACUCUCACAACCACGCCGUCCACUCCCCGCUAAGCCCCUCUCCCGCCAACUCGCCCUCCACCCACUUCAUCUUCUCCGCCCCACCGCCUCAGACCCCGUCGGCCCGCCUGGUCUCGCAGACCCUGCAGCAGCCCUACGCUCCGCAGUACCCGCCUCUCUCCUCCAUCCCGCCCCCUCCUCCGCACUCGCCCUUGCCGCCCCCGUCCGCCGCGCCCCUCUCCCCGCACCCGGGCGGCGGGCAGGGACCCAAGUCGAAAGCGGUCAGUCGCAUCAGCACCGUCGUGUGAGGAGUCGGCGAGCGAGGGCGCCGGCCCUCGUCGUCCACCGCGGGGCGGCGCCCCAGCUCGGCGCCUGCCGACGGGCAGCAGUAUUCAGAGAGGGGGGGAGGAGGAGGCGCGGAGGGCACGUACAGAUGUAUCAAAGCGGUCGCCUGGUUAGACGACGACAAAUGAGGAUUGGGAAAAGGAAAUUACUCAGCCUGUGUUACUUUCAUGUCAACUUGCCCUGCGGCUAGAGCCACCCGUCUCGCCACAUCUUGCUCCAGCCAUCCUUCCCUCCCUCCCUCUUUAGCGGAGUGCAGAGACAAGGGUGCUUGAUGCACCUCAUCCUUUGCCAAUGCGGGGGGGGGGGGGGUGCAUUUGAGUUGGUUGGGUGCAUUUUGUGUCUUUGGUCGACGGCCAUGCAUGACUGGGGCCAUCGCUGCCAAAGUGUGGAAGGACUUUUUGGUUUGGUUGUCUGUUUUUUUUCUUUGUCGAAAUGUCCUUUUGGCUCACAGGGUUCCUGCACUCUCCUUGUUCUGGAUGGCAACUGUCAUUUCAGUCUUCACUGCGACACACACACACAUUUUUGUGCGCGUAUAGCGAAACAGAAGGACAAGAUGAAAAGACCGACAUCGGGUCAAAGCGCCAGGGUAGAAGACAAACGUCAAGAGAAGAUGAGGAAACAAGAAUUGUGACAAACAAACAGCAAGACAAAGAUCUCACGUCAUGAUGUAAAGCAAUGUAUCAAAUAUUCCAAAGGUAUAUUGAUGUUUUUUUGUACGACAUACUCCAUGUUGCCAAGGAAGGAGAUUAAGCUAUCAUCAUGAGGCCAAACAGGGUGGAUUCUGGAAAACAGAGUCUUUUUUUUAACGCAAUUGGCUUGUCACUCGUUGAAUAUAGUUCGAAUGCUAAUCCUGCCGAUUGGCUCCAAAUGUGGUAUUGUUAUGCAAAACGCAGAUUGUCGUUCGUGUAUUUAACGGCGGGUCGAGUUUAAACACGUUCAUCUGGCAUUCUACAACAGAUGGUUUCCUCAUUAGGAUCGGUGGCACCACUCAAAUGUUCGCAAACUAAAGAAAAAUGAUUUAUUUUAUUCAACAGUGGGUGGAUAAAAUAGAACUAAAUGAUUAUUCAUGAGGUUAGAUUGUCUGAUCAUUCAAUUGAUUUGUUAUAAUUAUAUUAUUUGUAAAUUUUGAAAAUAGAUUUCAAAUACUUUUCUAUUAUUUUAGUCAAAUGAACUAUUUUUAUAAUUUGGUCAAAUGGAA